CUCGGUCGGAGCAAAGCCCGGACUGGAGCUAACAGUAGCCGGAUCCGGAGUCACGCAACCGCCGUGUUUUCGACCAUUAACAGCAUCUACGUAGGAAAGUCAGUGGAUAAGGCUACAGAGAAGUGAUUUUAUUCGAUGUGUUUGCUUCUGCUAUUCAGUGUCCAUGUCGUAAACUCACGAAUAAACCACAUAUUUGUUAGAUCGUGUACAAACGUAACGUCGUGUCCUGCGUGGAGUUCUGAGUCCGUGUUUUCCCGCCACACCACGAGCUCGCAGGGAGCAGUGGCGAAAACAAACAGGUCGAAGAGACAGGAAGGUUGGUAGCCGGUUGGCUGUGGAGGUUGUUUAACGGCGAAUGAAUCGUGUUGUGUUGUCGGCUUUUGUCGGGUGCUAAUUCUAAGUUCUCUUCCAGUUUUCGGUGCUUUUGAGUAAGGUUCAUUUAAGACGCUGUUGGGAGUCUUCGCUCUCUGAGUAUGUGGCAGCUUUCUAACAUUUUACCAGGGCUGUUGGAUAGUAUACCCGUUGCGGUUUCGUGUUUUUCUCGACGUUGUUUACCGGUUAUAAUUCGACGUCUAAUGCUUUAAAUUCACCGGUUCACCGGCUCCGAAUUCAGUGGGACACUUUUAAACAUGCAUACGAGGCGUUUGGUGAAGCGGUCGAUCCUCGGCAGCCGCGUUUAUGCGCCGAGUCUGACGGGGGACGGUGCCCCGGUGACAGGAGUGGUCCAGGCUGUCAAGCAGGAAAACAGAGACGUGUCGACCGCAGGAUCCCGGUGCAGCGUCUACACCGUGCUCCUGCAGGACGGGAGCCUCAAGGAGUUCUCCGAGGAAGAGAUAGCCGCGGGCUUCAACAACACUGCAGCCAAAGGACCGCUCAAGUCCAGCUUGAAGCACUGCUUCAGUAACGGAGCUCCAGAGAGUCACCGGGGUGAGGGCGGCUCCCUCAGCCCCGAGGCAGUGGACGAGCAGCGGAUGGGGGACGGAAAGCGCGUUGGCCGGGACCCCGACACCCGAUCAGUGUCCCUGCUGGAGCAGAAACGCAAAGUGGUGUCCUCCAGCAUCGAUGUCCCUCAUGCCAG